UCUUAAACUCAGGCAUCCUGCAGCAACUAAUAAGCAAUAUAAACCCACUAUUACUGCUGCUACUACCAACAUUGAGAAAAUGGCAGGUGGAAGACAAAUAUGCAAUGGAUGUGGGAUACAACUAGCCGUACCUCCAUCAGCUCAAACCAUUCGGUGCUCAAUCUGUCAAACCGUUACGUCAGUACAGUCAAUCAGUUACUCAUAUGUUCAAACCACUACUAAUCAUGACCCGGUACGUCAGGCCACACGUUGGUUCAAAGGCGUGCUUAACAAUGUUUCGAAUACAAUUGAUUCAGUAGUCGCUUCUUCCAUUAACAAUUCGGGUUCAACUCGUCCCUCUACUUACUCAUAUUAUCUUCCUAUUCAGCGGCCACUUGCUUUUCCACCAGUGCAUGGUAGAAAGAGGGCGCUUCUAAUUGGUAUAUCUUACCGGUCUAAGAGGUAUGAGCUCAAGGGAAGUGUCAACGACGUUAACUGCAUGAAAUUUCUUUUGAUUGAGAAAUUAGGAUAUCCAAAGGAUUCAAUACUGGUUCUAACAGACGAUGAGCGUGAAUGGAUUCCUACAAAGCGAAAUAUUCAACGGGCACUUCAGUGGCUUAUGGAAGGAUGCAAGUCGGGGGACUCUUUGGUGUUCCAUUAUUCAGGUCAUGGUGCUCAACAACCUAAUCGUAAUGGAGAUGAAGUUGAUGGUUUUGAUGAAACCAUUUGUCCUCUAGAUUAUGAGAAAGAAGGGAUGAUUCUCGACGACGAGAUAAAUGCUACUAUAGUUAGGCCUCUCCCUAAGGGUGCAACACUGCAUGCGAUCAUCGAUGCUUGCCAUAGCGGAACGGUCCUUGAUCUACCUUACUUUUGCAGGAUGAACCAGAAUGGAUACUAUACUUGGGAGGAUCACAGUCCUCCAUCCGGUGCAUAUAAAGGAACAAGCGGCGGGUUGGCUUUAUGUUUCAGUGCUUGUGAUGAUCAUCAAACCUCUGCAGAUACUUCUGCUCUUGCUGGUAAUGCGAUGACUGGUGCCAUGACAUUUAGUUUCAUACAAGCUGUUCAGAGCGCACCGGGACUUACAUAUGGUGCUCUGCAUCUCGCUAUGAGAACUGCUAUACGCGAGGCUAAAACUGGGAUACGUUUUAACGGCCCAAUUACAUCUGUUUUAAGGAAAAUGUUCCACAUUGGAUUGUCACAGGAACCUCAAUUGUCGGCUUCUGAGAAGUUUGACAUUUACAGCAAGCGAGUUGUUCUAUAGUCGAAGAUAAUAAUCUACAACCUUGCAAGUUUUCUUAAAAAGACAUUAUAAAUUUAUGAAAAGCCUGUAAUCGGCGUUUAUGACUAAUUAGUAUUUCUGUCUGUUUCUUAACUAACUUGCCAUUGUGAUGGUUGUAA